CCAAGAGGGAUUAUUGUUCUCUCGUGAUUGUUGUUGUUUGUGAACGUCCGUCUGAUCCGCGGAGCGCGUCGACCCCUCACCCCUCGGCCUCAGGACUAUGGUGCUGAGGAGCGUCGGCCAUGAUGACCUGUAACGCUCUCGGUUGUUUGUGGUUCACGUCACUGCUGCUGCUGCCGGGUCCGAGCGGCGGCACCCCCUCAAAGUCCACCAGGUGCAGCAUCUCCGUGUCCGGACCAGUAUCCGGUCUGGACUCGGUCUCCGUGACCGUCAGAACCCCCGGAACCAACUGCUCCUUCAACGUCUCCUCUCAGGACGGAGGAGCCGAGGGCGCAGAGUGUAGGAGACGAGGAGGAGACGAGGAGGAGAGGGCCGAUGAGGGCAGAGGAAGGGAGCGAGGAGAGGAGGAGGAGGAGGAGGCGGGAGCUGACUACCUGGGGACAGACCGGCUAGGAGUCGAGGAGGGAGGGAACAAGGAUGGAGCGAGCAAGGAGGGAGGGAACAAGGAGGGAGGGAACAAGGAGGGAGGGCAGGUCUUCACCUGCGUGAUGGAUCAACUGGAGCCUGGAACCAGCUACCAGCUGGAGAUCCAGUCCCACAGAGACCAGGAGACGGGAAACAUCACCAUGCACACCAGGCCCUCGGCGGUCAGCGACCUCUCUGUGACCUCCAGGACCUCCAGCAGCCUGGCUCUGUCCUGGCAGGCCGGCCCGGGGAGGACGCAGCGCUUCAGGCUGCAGCUGUGGGAUCACACCGGUCUUCUGAGGAACCAGACGUUAGAGAGCACGGCGACGCAACACACGCUCACCGACCUGACGCCGGGGCGGCUGUUCAACAUCACCAUGGUUACGGAGGCCGGAGGGCUGCAGAACAGCCAGACGACGAGCGGUCAGACAGGCCCCGCCCCCGUCGCCAACCUCACCGUCGUCCAUGGCAACAGCACAAGCUUGUUGUUGUCGUGGCAACGGCCCGACGGCGACCUGGACACCCUCAUCGUCGCCCUCUCGACCAAUGGGACGGCUUCCUGGAUGGCGACGCUUUUGCCCAACGUAACGGAGGUCGCCGUCGAUCAGCUGACGCCCGGCUCGGCCUAUCAGGUCGAGGUGACGUCCAGGAGCGGCCCGCUCACGAGCCAAUCAGAAUUCACCGUCAGGACAGGUCCAGCGGCGGUGUCCUUCCUCUCCCUGUCUCCCUCCUCCUCUUCCUCCGGCGGCCUCCUCCUCUCUUGGUCGCCCCCCGCUGGCCAGUGGGAGAGCUACAGGCUGCUCCUCUUCGACGGCUCCCAGCAGUUAGUCAGCGCCGCUCUGGACCGAGAGGCCGUGGACUUCCUCUUCCCCGGGACGCGACUAACGCCUGGAAGACGCUACCGAGCCGCGCUGAGAGUGGAGAGCAGAGGAGGGACGGCCGAGAGCCGCUGUGAGGGGCAGACAGCUCCGGCCGCCGUGUCGGAUCUCCACGUCCGACACGCUGACGAGACCUCGCUCAGCGCCAUGUGGAGCCACGCCCCCUCCGGGUCACGUGACAGCUACUUCCUGACCAUCCGCCACGGUAAGGUCACCGUGGACACCAGGUCGGUGGAGCCCAACAUGAGGGAGUGCACCUUCAACGUGCUCACACCUGGGAGGAAGUACACCGUCACCGUGACAACCAGGAGCGGGAACCUCAACACCUCCGUGUCCCUGGAGGGGAGGACAGUUCCCAUGGCGCUGCGUGUCAUCACUCUGAGGAGCUCGGGGGUCCGGUGCCUUCAGGCGUCGUGGGAGAAACCACCUGGAGACGUGGACUUGGUCUCGCUGACCCUGCUGCAGGACAGCGUGGUGAUCCAGAACCACAGCGUUCCCAUCGCUUCUUCUUCUCUGCUGCUCGGCGGUUUGACCCCCGGCGCCCUCUACAGGCUGCAGGCCGCCACCGUCAGCGGAGAGCUGCAGUCCGAGAGCACCGGGCUGGAGGCACGGACAGCCCCGGCGUCGGUCUCCGAGGUCGCGGCCUCUAAUGGCGGCCGGUCGGACGUGCUGCGGGUGACGUGGCGCCCGGCGGCCGGCGUGGUGGACGGCUACACGGUGCGCCUGCUGGACGGGCCGCGCACCGUGCACGCGCUCGCCGUGUCGCGCUCCUCGCCGCCCGAGUGCUCCUUCAGCUCGCUGGUCGCCGGCCGCCUGUACGCCGUGGUCAUCGUGUCGAGGAGCGGCGGCCUGGAGAACGCCACCGCGGUCCAAGCGCGCACACAACCGGUCACCGUUCAGAACCCGACCGCUGUUCACUCUGGAAGAGACGACUUCCUCAAGGUGUACUGGCGCCAUGCGGCCGGAGACCUGGACCGCUACGUGGUUCUGAUCCGCUACAACAACAGCGUCCUGCAGAACCAGAGCGUCUCCGCCGGACACAACGAGUGCGUCUUCUCCUCGCUGUUGCCGGGCAGACUCUACACCGUCACCGUGGAAACCUGGAGCGGGGACUACGUCAGCAGCAUCUCCACCGACGGACGCACAUUUCCCGCGGCUGUGGGGAACCUGUCGCUCUGCAGCGCGGGAACAGGUGAGCUGUCCGUCACCUGGAGCCCCGCCCCCGGAGACAUGGACCACUACGAGGUAACCCUCCUCUUCAACGACACUCGCGUCUUCCCCCCGGUGGCGCUGGGCAGCGCUGCGCGGCGCCACCGGCUGACCUCCCUGACCCCGGGGCGCCUCUACAAGAUCGUGGUGUCGACCUUCAGUGGGCCGAACCAGAGGGCCCUGUUCAUCGAGGGCCGGACCGGUCCCAGUGCGGUCGGGAACCUGCACCUGGCUCCUCAGGCCGGACUCACGGACUCUGUGGGGGGGCUGCUGGCCUCCUGGACUCCUGGAGACGGAGACCUGGACAUGUACAUCGUGUCCUUGUCCACCGCGGACGGCGGCGUCAUCGAGACUCGCCCCGUCCCGAAACACGUCUCCUCCCUGGACUUCCUGGAGCUGACCCCGGGCCACGCCUAUGCCAUCACCGUCCAAUCGCUGAGCGGGAAGCUGAUCAACGGCAACACGGCCGUCGGCAGAACCGCUCCGGCCAGAGUCACCGCGCUGCAGGCGGAUAACGACCACACCACCCACAGCCUGACGGCGAGCUGGGAGAGGCCCGUGGGCGCGUACGACGGCUACAGCCUGCAGCUAUUGGACGAGGCCGGCGCCCUCCUGGCCAAUCGGUCGGUCCCCGCAGAGAGUCGCAGCGAGCGCUUCGAGGGCCUGACGUCGGGGAGGUGGUACGGCGUGAAGGUGGCCACGCUCAGCGGCGGCGUGGCGUCGCCGAGCGUCGCCGCCGAGGGACAAACCCGUCCGGCUGCAGUCGGCAACCUGACCGCCACCUCGUCCAACACCUCCUCGCUCGCCUUCUCCUGGCGUCCUUCACAAGGGCACGUCGACCUCUACCACCUGUCGCUCUUCGGCGUUGAAGAGGCGACAGCCAAUCACAGGCCGGAGGCUGCCGGCAGCAGGAAGGAGCCGGCGGCCCUGCAGAAAGUGGGUCCGGCUGCAGACGGAUGUGUUUUCUCCGGGCUGCGAGCAGGAAGUCUGUAUCGACUGAGGGUCGUGAGCUGGAGCCGAGACAUGAGCAGCGACACGUCACUGACGGCCAGAACGGUGCCGUCUGCCGUGUCGUCUCUUGAGGUUCAGAGUUCAGGACAGACGGACAGACUGUCGGUCAGCUGGCGGCCCGGAGAGGGAAGCUGGAGCCACUACCAGGUGCUUCUCUCUGACGGCUCUGGAUCUUCUCUGGGAGCCCAGAUGCUGGGGGCGGAGCAUGAGAGUCACAUGUUCUCGGGGCUCGUCCCUGGUAGGCUGUAUCGCGCUGAGGUCAUCACCCACAGCGGGGAACUGACCAAUCACGUCUCUGCAUCCGGACGCACCGCUCCGGAGCCGCCCACCCACCUGUCCGUCAAACGAGGCCCGACCAAUCACACGAUGGAGCUGUCGUGGUCUGGCCCCGCCUCCGGAGACUACGACGGCUUCGGCCUGCAGUGGACUCCUCCGGACCGCCUGUCCGUCACUCGGACCCUCCUGACCGGCCGCGUGCUGGGCGGCAUGUUCCCCGGGCGGCGCUACAACUUCACCGUGGUGACCAUCGGCGGGGGCGGAGCCAAGGGGGGAGCUACCGUCCAGAGCCAGCCAAUCCAGAGGAGCGUCAGGACAAGCCCGUCUCCUCUGAGGUCUCUCCACUGCCUCCCCGUCUCCUCGUCCUCCCUCUCUUGCUCCUGGACGUCUCCUCUCUCCGACUUCGACUCCUACGAGGUCGAGUGCCGUCGCCACGACGACGGGGACCUGACCUCCGCCCUGCGGCUGGCGGCCGGCGUCACCGCGGUAACGCUGGACCAGCUGGAGGCGUACAUGAAGUACACGGUGACCGUGAGAGUGUCGUCAUGGGGACAGACGAGUCCCCCAGAGACACACACCACCAUCACCAUGAUAGACCGUCCUCCGGUCCCGCCCCCGAGCGUCCGCGUGGGCGAGAGGUCGUCGAAGGUCACGUCGUCCUCCAUCUUGUUCCGCUUCAACUGCUCGUGGUUCAGCGACGCCAACGGAGCCGUGAGGCACUUCACCGUCAUCGUGGCCGAGUCUGAGGCCAAUGAGCUGCUGCAGCCGGAGCAGCGCCACCCGCUGGCCUCCUACCGCGACUACACCUCCAACGCCUCCGUCAGAGCCUAUCAGACGGCUUACUUCUCCAGCCGCUGCCCACAGGACGCAGACACGUCCACCGGACAGGUGGUGGAGGUGAACCUGGGGGCGGGGGGUGACCGGCUGGGCGGGGCUUGUGACCGUUACCACGACGACGAUGACCUCUACCUGAGUGACAGCUACGGCGGCUUCUGUGACGGACCACUGAAACCCAAAACAUCCUACAGGCUCAGUGUGAGAGCUUUCACCAGACUGUUUGAUGAGAACCACCGAGAGGUUCCCGAGCCGCUUUUCACAGACACUUACCUGUCCUCACCGCUCAGGACACACUCCGAGCCGCUAGGCGGCGUGGUCGAGGGUCUGAGUGCCGGCAUGUUCCUGAUCGGGAUGAUGGUGGCCGUCGUCUCUCUGCUGGUGUACAGACAGCGGCUACGCAAAGUGGCCGUCCAGGAGAACCCGGUGGUGAGGAUGAGUUUGUGGAAAGACGUCCCGUCUUCAGGAUCGUAUCUCGGCGUCCGGAGCAAUCGACGAGUCACCAGUCCCAUCAAAUCGAGUCACUUUGAGUCUCACCUCAACAAGCUGCAGGCCGACGCCCACUUCCUGCUGUCUGAGGAGUUCGAGGACCUGAAGGACGUCGGGAGAAACCAAACGAUGGACGUCGCUCGACUGCCGGAGAACCGAGGAAAGAACCGCUACAACAACAUCCUGCCAUAUGAUUCUACUCGUGUGAAGAUGUCGUACCUGGAGGACGAACCAUGUUCUGACUACAUCAACGCCAGCUACGUACCUGGUCAUAACUACCGUAGGGAGUACGUGGCGUCUCAAGGUUCUCUUCCCGGCACUAAAGAUGAUUUCUGGCGCAUGGUGUGGGAGCACGGCGUGCACAACGUCGUCAUGGUGACGCAGUGCGUGGAGAAAGGACGGGUGAAGUGUGAUCAAUACUGGCCUGCAGACCGGGAGCCGCUGUACUACGGAGACCUGGUGGUCCAGAUGCUGUCGGAGUCCGUCCUGCCAGAGUGGACCAUCAGGGAGUUCAAGAUAACCUCGGAGAGAGGCUGCAGUUACCCAAGGGUGCUGCGUCACUUCCACUACACCGUGUGGCCGGACCACGGGGUGCCCGACAGCACCCAGUCCCUGGUCCAGUUCGUCAGGACGGUCCGGGACUACGUGGACCGGAGCCCCAGCACCGGGGCCACCGUGGUGCACUGCAGUGCUGGUGUUGGCCGUACGGGGACCUUCAUCGCGUUGGAUCGGGUUCUGCAGCAGUUGGACUCUAAAGGAACCGUCGACCUCUACGGCUGUGUGUUCGACCUCCGUCUGCACCGUCAACACAUGGUCCAGACUGAGGUGCAGUACUCCUUCCUGCAUAAAUGUGUUCGCGACGUUCUCAGAGCCAGAAAACAUCGCAGUGAGCAGGAGAACCCUCUUUACCCGAUCUACGAGAACAUCAACCCAGAGUACUGCCGCGACUUCGUGUUCACUGGACGCUGAACAGACGAUGACGUCAUCGGACUUCUUUACGACCUGCUUGAGUUAUGUUGUGAAUUAUUAUUAUUAUUUGAGGACUUAAACAUAAGUAAACAUAAACAUCAACAACAAGUCACUCGUUCUGCAUCAUACUGACGAGUUCAGGAAUUAAACUAAAGUUUUCAAAUGCAAAACAGAGAAAUUAUUUGUAAUAAAACGAAACCUUCCUCGUUGGUUUUGACUUCUAUUGAUAAACUUUAUUAAUACCAAAGUGUCUCUAAUCCAUCCGUGGCUCUCAGGUCGGUUAGUAAAGAUUAUAAAUGUCCUCUCUGCUCCAUAUAAGCUGUUUAUUUAAGAAGUUACACAUAUUGCUGUAUGUACAUAUAGAUGUAAUGCUCUUUAUAUAUAAAUAUAUAUAUAAUUAUGAUUAUAAACUGUGUAAUGUUGAGCUAUUUCUAUUCAUCUCAUUUGUGAAAUUAAACAAUUGAGAAAAAAAUGAGCUUUGUUUUUUAAUCAUAAGGCUAUAACUAUUACUGAUUAUUGGUGAUUAAAGGUCUUGAUUUUAUACAUGAUUUAUUAGAUUUUUUCAUCAUAAAUAUAUAACUGAUAUAUUUCAUGAGAAUGUAAAUCAGAUUAUUAAUUCCUGAUUAAAAAAGUACACAAAGAUA